UCUGUCAAAGUUGUCAAGGAGAUUUGUUUAUGUUUUGGAUUUUUCGUGUUUUUUGCAAAUUAUUCGCUCAUCCAGUUGAGGAAAAUCCCUUUUCUGGGAUUCCCUGCAAGAUGUACAAACCGAAUUUCUCAAAUCUCUUUCCAUCGCGAAGCAGCGCCUUCAUUUUCACAUCAUACAUUGCAUUGUUCGUCAGCCAGGGAAUUCUGGUUACGGCGUCUCAAAAUGAGAAUAAUAAAUACAAUUUCAACACGGUAACAGCUGUGCUACUUACCGAAUUACUGAAACUUAUUGUUUCUGCUUGCCUUUACUGCAAAGACAACCCCUUGAAAUCGUUGUGGCGUGAAGUGAUUUCGGGUUCAAAAGUGAUUGUACUGUAUUUUGUGCCAGCUUUUUUGUAUUGCCUGUACAACAAUUUAGCAUUUGUGAAUUUAUCCAAAUUCGAUCCGACCACCUACUAUCUCUUGCUCCAGUUUCGUGUUGUGAUAACAGGUAUUCUGUUUCAAAUAAUAUUCAAGAAGUACUUGAGUCGACGGCAGUGGUUCUCCUUGCUCCUCCUUACGGUGGGGUGUAUGGUGAAGCAAAUGAAUUUUUCCAAAGACGACGACGACGCAAGUGAACGUGUAGCCAAUGCAAAGAACACCUCAGGCUUUGAUUUCAGCAUUAAUGCCGUAUUUAUCUUAACGCAAACACUCUGCUCAUGUCUAGCAGGUGUUUACAAUGAGUAUCUAUUGAAGAGGGAAGACACCAAUGUUAAUAUCUAUGUGCAAAAUGUUAUUAUGUAUUUUGAUUCUAUAGUGUGCAAUGUUAGUGUGUUGCUCCUUCAAGGGGAUCUUGUCGAUGCAUUUCAGAUGGAUAGCCUGAGAGCUGUGUUUAGAUUUAAUGUUAUUGUUAUAAUGAUAAACAAUGCAGCCAUUGGCAUAGUCACAAGCUUUUUUCUCAAGUACAUGAACUCCAUCAUAAAGACCUUUGCCAGUGCCCUGGAGCUUUUCUUCACGGCAAUCCUUUGCUUCUUCCUCUUUGCAAUACCAAUACAUUUCAAUACAAUCCUCGCCAUUGGGAUUGUUUCAUUUGCCGUCUUUAUGUAUUCACAAAAUCCCGUUGUGAACCUUCCGGUUGCAUCAUCCGCCAAAGGUGCAAAUAUUAGUGAUGACACCCAAAAAUUACUCAUGGCUGAAGAGGGUGAAAUUAAAGAAUAAUCUUCUUAGACAUUUAAAUCUUUUACAUUUAUUAUUUUUUACACUUUUUUCUUUACUCCUGUUGCCCUCUCUUUCCUUGCAAAAACCCUAUGCUCUUUGGUUUAAAGGCUGUUACAUUGAAAUGAAUUUCAAGAUGAAUCUUAACUUAGCAAAAACUUAAUGAGGGAAAUUGAAUUUUUUAAAAAAUGACGAUGAAUUUCAAUGGAAAAUAUUUGAAAUUUUGAAGAUUAGAAUGAAAUAAUUUUAAUUAAAAAAUCAAUUAAUUGUUUAUUCAGUUUAAAUGUAGAUUAUGAAAUCUGAUACUAUGAAUUAAAAAUAUUUCAUAGAAAAUUUCUAUAUUUUUUAAACGAUAUCUAAUUAUUCCAUAGUUACCAUUUAAUUUAAAUUUCAUUUUUUCGCGUCUAAUUUUACGCAAUGAUACGAAAGAGAUUUGUUCAGGUUUUAUAUUUUUAUUUUCAAUUAAAAUAAAAUAUUAGGAAAACCAUGACAAACAAAUUUAGUAAUGAUUAAAUACUCGGAAAAGCAUAGAAAAGAAUCUUUGGAAAUAAUUUUUGUUGAUUAUCUUAUAAGUAGAAGAGAUUUUUUUCUUCUUGACUUCAUUAAUUUGCUGCUAUUCUUAUCAGCUUUUAAAAAAAAGAUAUUUUAAAAUUUUUAAGCCAUUAAGAAUAUAUUUAGAAACAUUUGAGGAUUUCAUUAAAUAUUCCAAAUAAGUCUUUUUCUUUAAUUUUUUUUAAAAAGAAUAUCAGCAAUUCAAACAAAAUACCUAUUAAAAUAUGCCGAAAUAUCUUGUUUAACCCCAUGAACCACUAAGGGUUAAAUGUUGAAAUUAUUCCCCAUUUAUUUUACUUGAAUUAACUUGAGAGAAAGUUGCUUUCUAAAGCAUCUUUUUAUUUUAUAAAUUGACGCUACGUAUAUGUAUGUAAUUCAAUAGAGCAAUUCUAUUUUAUUUUCAUUAUAUUAUCUAUCAUUUAUUACCUAUAUUUUUCUGUGAAUACUGACGAUAAAAUUUUCCCUGGGAAAAGCUGUGAAUAUAUGAUAUAAAAAAAUCAUUCUUCAAAAUAGGAUGAUUGAAAAAUAAAAUAUAUGAAAAGUAAUUAAAUUAAAUAAACUAUAGAAUUUGAAUUUUCUAUAAAUUGACGAUGAAAAUGUAAUUUUUCAUAUUUAUAUAUGCAUUAUAUUUUACAAUAUACAUUACAUGUAGGAUUCACAUUGAUAAUAAAAUGUGGAAUUAGCAAAAUGUGAAGAACCCGUAAAAUAUCCUUAUAUGUAAAGUUUUAAAGGGGGGUAGGUAUAUGUAAAAGGCUUUGGUAAGAAUACGGUGCGCUUUUAAACCUUUCUGUGGUUUUGUAUCAAAAGCAAAAGUUUUCUGACUCAUUUGAAAUUUUGCCCAGAUUUGCCUUUCUAUAAAUUUACAAUCCCCUCCCGCCCCCACACACUCCCCCCUUCUCGCCGAAAUCCCUCAGUGAUCUUGAGACUUUCUACACACAUAUUUGGAUUUAUUUUAUUGAUUGACCAACAUUAAUUUUUCACCCCAUAAGAAGUCUUUAAAAUUAUAUUGUGCAAUAUUAUUUCAAAUAUACAUAUUUAGGAGUGUUUGUGUGUCAAAGGGUGUUAUUAUUUUACGAGGUCAUAAAGUAAUUCGAUUAUGUGGUGUUUAAUUAAUGAAAGAAUGAAAUAUGACCAAAAUUCCUCCAAAUUCUCUUGACCUAUUCUCAGGCCCAAAAAACCAUUUUUACAUCAACACCCUCUCAUAUAUACAUAUACUACCUACUGAAGAAAGUUAAUUGCGUAAAAGACUGGUUUUUUGUACAGCGAAAUAUAAAUUGGAAGCAAGAAAAGGAAAAAAAUGUAAAUUGUAAAUAAAUGUGUAAGAAAUUGACCAAAUAAAUUAUUUAUAACUUUAUAAAUAAA